ACACAGACCACUCUGGUUGCCCUGCUGUGGCUGUGGGGAGUGUGGCUUUCCCCUGUCCUGUCCUCGUGCACCACGGGCCGGCCAGCAGAGUGCAAGGCUGCCCUGUCAGCUCCCGGUACCAAUCUGGCUGGCGAGGGUUUCGACAUCGUCACCAUGGAACGCAAGCAGGCCUAUGUCAUCGACGUGGACAACUGGAGGAAGACUGAUAACGGGACCUGUACACUCUGUGUUAACCCUUUCAUGGAAGGCCAGACUCAGAGGCUGCCUGCGGCUGUGGUGGACUGGCGUCCCAUGCAGAACUGCCACAUGAAGUUAGCCAGCAUGGUCUACGACUCCAGCGAGGCGUUUGUGAGCAGCAGCCAGACAGAGGUACUACUACUACUACUACUACUACUACUACUACUACUACUACUACUACUACUACUACUAAACUCAUCAUGUCAAGUGUUGGUCCUAUGUUUCAUAAGCUGAAAUAAAAGAUACCAGAAAUGUUCCAUAGGCAUAAAAAGCUUAUUUCGCUCAAAUUUUGGGAACAAAUGUGUUUACAUCCCUGUUAGUGAGCAUUUCUACUUUGCCAAGAUAAUCCAUCCACCUGACAGGUGUGGCAUAUCAAGAAGCUGAUUGAACAGCAUGAUCAUUACACAGGUGCACCUUGUGCUGGGGACAAUAAAAGGCCACCCUAAAAUGUGCAGUUUGUCACACAACACAAUGCCACAGAUGUCUCAAGGUUUGAGAGAGCAUGCAAUUGGUAUGCUGACUGCAGGAAUGUCCACCAGAGCUGUUGCCAGAGAAUUUCAUGUUAAUUUCUCUACCAUAAGCCGCCUCCGUCGUUUUAGAGAAUUUGUCAGUAUGUCCAACCGGCCUCACAACCACAGACCACAUGUGUGGCAUCGUGUGGGUGAGCGGGUUUGCUAAUGGCCAACUUUGUGAACAGAGUGCUCCAUGGUGGCGGUGGGGUUAUGGUAUGGGCAGGCAUAAGCUACAGACAACGAAUCAAUUGCAUUUUAUCGAUGGCAAUUUGAAUACACAGAAAUACAGUGACAUGAUCCUGAAGCCCAUUGUGAGGCCCAACAGAUGCAUAUCUGUAUUCCCAGUCAUGUGAAAUCCAUAGAUUAGGGCCUAAUGAAUUGAUUUAAAUUGACUGAUUUCCUCACAUGAACUGUAACUCAGUAAAAUCUUGUUGCGUUCAUAUUUUUGUUCAGUAUAUAAUAUAUAUAGAGAGAGAGCAAGAGAGAGAGCUUUAUAAUAAUAAUCAUAAUCAUAUGUAUAAUAAUAAUUAUAAUUAUUAUUAUUAUUAUUUAAAUAAGAAUACGAAUAAUUGAUUCAAUGUAUUUAGAUAUAACGCUUUUCCUAAUGCUCAAAGUGCUUUAUGUGGGUAAACUCACCUUAUCUACCACCAAUGUGUAGGUAGAUGUCAGUUGGAAGAUUGGUCUGGACAUUGUGACCCCCCAAGGCUAAGGGGUCGGUCAUCGUGGGGGGUACCCACUCCAAAGCUGCCAAGACUGUCAUGAGCCAGUCGAAGAAGGACAAGUACAGCUUCAUCAAACAGGAUAUACACUGCUCUUAUUACAGGUAAUAUACCUUAUAAUUAUAACAACAUCAUUGUAUUAUAGAAGUUUAACUUUAUAGAACCAACACUGCUCUCUACAGGCUAUAAACUCUCCAUCUUGUGUGUUUCUUUCUCAGUUACCGCCUGCUAGAGGACCCUCCCCUGCACCCUGAGUUCUCUCGCUCCCUGAACCUCCUGCCUCCCCUUUACACCACCCAGACCAAGAUGGACUACAGACAUUUUUUUGGCAAUUUUUGGCACCCACUUCAUCAAGAAGGUUCACCUGGGGGGGCGGGUGAAGAGCGUGACCUCCCUGCGCGUGUGUCAGGCAUCCCUGAGUGGCUACAACGAGAACGAGGUCAUGUACUUUUUAAUCCAAAUAUAUUAGUACAUUUAUUUAUCUAUGUAUAAAAAAAAAAAAAAGUACAUUAUGUUUUUUCUUAUUUUUUCCCAGGUCAAGGACUGCCUUGAGGCCGAGGCCUCCGUCGCCACCCAUACCGGAUCAGCCGAAUUCAAGACAGAGACCAAGUUCUGCAAGACGGACCUUAAGAAACGUGACACCAAGGACAGCUUCAGCAGCACCUUCCACGAGAGGUUUGAUAGAUUUUGAUUUGAUAGAUUUUUGGGGGUUAAUGGGCAUUAUACAAGACUAAUAAAACACUAAUUUCCUAUGUGGUCCUCGUGUUAGACAAAACAUGACUAAUGAUAAACAAACAAACAGGUUUACCGAGGUGGUGGGGGGACAGACGGACGGGACGACCGACCUGCUCUUCUCCAAAACGGGUGGAAACGCCAAGGCCUUCGCUGAUUGGGCGAGCAGCCUGAAGACCAUCCCUGACGUCAUCAACUACUCCCUCAACCCCCUCCACUUAUUGGUGAAGCAUGCCAAGAAGAGGGCGGGGCUGAAGAAGGCUGUGGAGGACUACAUCCUGGAAUACUCUCUUGUCAAGCACUGCUCUGGAAAGUGCAAGGGAGGCUCCAGAUCCAGUGCCCACGACUCAUGCGAGUGUGUGUGCCAGCCCAGCAAGGAGAUGACCAGCCAGUGCUGCCCGCAGGAGAAGGGCCUGGCCCACCUUACAGUCACCGUGAAGAAAGCCACUGGCCUCUGGGGGGACGUCUUCUCCGAGACCGACGGCUUCGUCAAGGUAUUAUAUAUUUUAUUUUAUUAUUUUAACUUACUAUAAAGUUUGUUUUUAAGUGGACUUUAAUGCUAAAGUCUAGGAUUUAAAGUGAUUUACAUUUCCAUAGCUCCAUCCCUCAGCUACACCCCUUCAAAUUAGUGGAUUCGGCUAUUUCAUCCACAUCCGUUGCUGACAGGUGUAUAAAAUAGAGAACACAGCCAUGCAAUCUCCGUAGACAAACAUUAGCAGUAGAGCGGGGUCCAUACAGAAAUGGUUUGUCGAGAUCGGUGUGAAAGAACUUGACUGGCCUGACCUCAACCCCAUCGAACACCUUUGGAAUGAAUAGAAACGCCAACUGCGAGCCAGGCCUAAUCGCCAAACAUCAGUUGGUGUGAGGUGUGACCCAGGUGCGGUGCAGGAUAGACAGUAGGCAGAGAUGGUGAAACAAGGAUCUUUACUGGUGGUCCUGAAGCCAGGAUACAAAAUAACGGACUUAUCACGAUAAAAUAAAGGCGUAGCAAAUAGGUCUCCAAAAACAGGCUGACAGCAAAAAUAUGAAAUACUAACCACGACUGAAAUAACAAUGAAACAGGGAGAACACUUCUCAAGUACCUGUACAUACGUCUUACGAUCAGACACUGAUUCAUACUGCUUGGCAUCGAGAAACUAGCAGAGAAAACUGAGCAAGGGAACACAGGGAAGUGAGGGCAUAACUACACAGGUGAACAGGUAGACACAGGUGACACCAAUAGGAUCAUGAUUAGUCCAGACUGUGAGUGAGGAGGUGCCUAAGGUUGUCAGAGGAGGACACCUAGUGGGUCACUCCGGAACUGCAACCCCUCCUGUAACACUCUUGUGGCUGAAUGGAAGCAAGUCCCCGCAGCAAUGUUCUAACAUCUAGCGGAAAGCCUUCCCAGAAGAGUGGAGGCUGUUAUAGCAGCAAAGGGGGGGCCAACUCCAUAUUAAUGCCCAUGAUUUUGGAAUGAGAUGUUCAACGAGCAGGUGUCCACAUACCUUUAGCCAUAUAGUGUAUAUACCAAAACAAGUGGUGGGGUCCCCGUUUUGUUGUUUUUUCUAUUCACAUAUGGUUUGUUCCGUCAAGGUGUUCAUGGACAAAAUGGGCAAGCAGACCAUUGUCAUCAACAACAACAACAACCCCGCCUGGAACAAAGACUUCGGACUUCGGUACCGUCAAACUCUCCCUGGCCAGCGAGCUAAAGUUUGCUGUAUACGAUGAAGACAAACACUGGUACAAGUGGUGAAAGGACCUCCUGGGGGAGUGCAUUAUCCGGCCCAUUAAUGUGGGGUUUCAAAAGGACAUGUGUCCCAUGAAUCAUGGCAGCCUGUACUACUCCUACAAGGUUGACUGUACCCCAGGACUUGGGGGCUCCACCUGUGGGGAGUAUGUCCCCUCUGGGAUGAACUCUGACCUCUCUGACCUCUACACCUCCCGCAACGCCCUCAACAUGACCCAGGAUCUGCUGGCUCACAUCCGGAUGGGCCGGCCCCUAGGAGACCCCCUGGCUUUCGUGGAUAAGCAGAAGGCUAAUGGUCACCCUUACGGAAAAAAACACAAA